AGAGGGCAAGUCAGAGGGUCGCAAGGCCCGGGGAGGAGGCCCGGGAGGGUCUGGGUCCCUCCGUGCUGAGGCAGGGCUGUCCCAUCCUCGGCCUUCGGGUGUCUUGUCUGUCUGUCUGUCUCUGCUGUGCUGAGCUGUGUGGUGGCACAGAUCUGAUCUGGAGCGCUCGUGCUGUUGGGGGCUGGAUGGGGGCUGCCUGGUCUGUUUCUGGUGCUCCUUGCUUGGGGGCGAGAAGAGGUACGGCAACAAUAAACCUCUUUCAGAACGUCCCUGUGUGCACGAGGCAAGGGAGAGGGCCGGGUACGGGGCGCGCCGCUGGGCUGGGAGGCCUGGCCCUGGGCAGGGGGUGACCGGACACCUGGGGCCGUUUCUUCCCACCGAGUCCCCACAGCGUCUCCGAUGUUACAGAAAUAACAGCACGAACGUGGGCGAUCAGAGAGAGAGCCGCGUGACCCUCCCACGGGUGCGGCUGCCACUGGGAAGGGCCUUUUCUCGGUGUCCUUUCUUAGCCCGCUUUCUGAUGCUGCUGAAUGAGCCCGCGGGGGGGGGGGGGGGGGUGGGGGGGCCUCUUCGGGCCUGCAGCCUCCUGCCCGCUGGAGGUAGAGAGGGCAGGGCCAACCCGGCGGGGACCCCGACACCUGCCGUGGGAGCCUCAGAGCAAGUCCGGGGUCGCUCUGGCUUUAUGCCGAGUGGGGGAGACACGCUGGGUGUGGUGGCGCAAGAAACCUGUCGCCGGCCCCCCACCCCCCCCGCCGCGAGCGCCUCCUGCCCCUGUUCCCCUCCCGCCUUGGACACCAGCUCCCAAGGCUGCACCUCAGUUCCGCCGCGCGCGCAGAUGCGUCCGGGCCGCCAGGUGGCGCUGCUGCUCCGCGAGCCUCUGCCCGGGCCCAGGAUCCGUGACGCCGGGCCGCUCGCCGGAAGGAGCUGCGGCCGUGGAAGACGGGGGUGCUCGCCGCGCGCGGACCGGCCCUUGGCGCCGGCCCUCAGAUGACGCGCCCGUGGAGCGGAGCGGCUGUGGGCAGAAGAGACAGGAGCUUGAAAUGUGCUGGGGAGCUGGGCUCGGCCUCUUGCACGUUUGCCGUUCACUGUGGCGAAGAGAACAUCCCUGGCCGGUGUGUCGGCCUAAGAGGUCGGGAGGACCCCUCCUGGAGCUCGGAACCACCUCCAGCUGUGCUGAGGGUCUCUGUUCCUGCCAGAGAGGAGGACCCUGGCCCCGAGCCCAGCCCCAAGCUCCGCGCCCCGGGAGGCGGCCCAGGAGCGAGCUGCGUGCGGCGGCCGCCGCUGCCCCUGCCGGAGACACCUGGCACGCGGGUGCCCGAACCCCACCGUCACCGCGACCCCCAGCACGGCCAGCCGCCUGGUGGAGAAGGAGGAGGUCCGAGCUGUUGGCUGCAGACCCAGCACCACGAGGCAGGGGUCCUACCUCAGGCCCAGCUCUACCCGUGUGACCCCUGCCCUCGGGACACGCUCCGAAGUCUGCCAGAGCACGGCCCCCCCGCCCCCCACCUCACCCCUUCUCUGUGCUCGCCCCCUGAGCUAGCCAUCCCUUCCUCUGCCCUGGGCGGAGCGACGUAGUCCCACAGAUGGCCACGCGCGGCCCAGCUGCCCUCCGGCAUCCCAGGCUGUGGGCGUUCGUGCGCAGGCACCGCAAGCCCAGGCCAAACACGCCACUAGGGCCUCGUGGGCGGCAUGACCCCCAGCGGCUCUGCCAGGUGGCAGCAGGGCUGGGUGCCGGCGUGAGCCCGGGGACACGUCUCACCU